CCGUGGACGGUGACCACGCCUGCAGCCAGCUUCUCAGGACAGUUGAGCCCGACCUGCCUCAAGCCCUCUGAUUGCUCCGUUGCAUCCCUGCGAGGGGCCAGGGCCUCUCUUCAACGAGCUUGGUCGCACUUUCACUCUCAUACUCUCUCCAUCACGGUCCUUUCUUAUCUCGUCUCCUGCCUUUGCCUACGCCUUUGCCUCUGCCUCUGGUUCUCCUCGAGUCUCUGGCUCUUGUUGCUUCCUCUCUUCUCUGAGAAGCAAGCAGUAAGUGGCAGCAGGGAGAACAGCAGCAGCAUCAGCAGCCAGUCUGUCGGGUCCAAGGUGUUUCGUUUCGCCAGCCGACAAGCUCCACGCUGAAAUCUUAGCGUCCCGCGUGCCCACUCGGCCUUUUUCCCACUGCAAUUGCUUCAGCUUCAGUACCUCUUCGCCGCUUCACUGCAUUGGCAGUGGUUGUUUCUCUUCUGUCAACAACGACGACAACGGCAGGCGCCUGGUUUUUUUUUUUUUUGGGUUUUUUUUACACGUUCCGGGCGAUCACCGCUCCGGCUGUGGCUGCCCCUUGAUUGAGACAAGCUCCAACCUACGUCAAAAAAAAACCGGAGAAGCUCCAACGCUGGCGCUCCCGCGGUCAACCACUGAAGACGGAUUGGCCGUUGAGUGCCAUACAAACUCAAAAUGGCGCCCUCUUUAACAGCCCACACUUCCUUCACCCGUCCGAGAACCAGCGACCGUGAUCACCGCGACGGACGUCCUGUCACCCGUGAUCAGCAAGACGCCAACCUCGUCAUCCCGAGCCGCACCUCGUCCCUCCAUUCCCGCAUUACCCAGCCAAUUCCUGGCCAGUUGAGCGCCAAACCUCAGCAGCGCACUCCCAAGACCCUUACUCAUGCGUACAUGGUCUGUGGUGUCGGCCGGGAGCCUUCGCAAUGGGUGAAGGCUCCAACGCCCCAGCAGGGCAAGAUUGGCCACAUGAAGGGUGCCGUUCCUCAGUUCUGGCUUCCCGAGAUUCUUGGGAGCAGUCCCAGGCUCGAGCAGGACAAUGAGAUUGCUCGUGCUUUGCACUCUGCUAUGAGGGCAUGCUUCCCCCACGAUGUCGAGAUUUGCACCGGCAGAAGCCAGCCUCACUGCGUCCACCACGCCUUUGUGCUCCAGCAGGAUUCCUCCCACACUCUCUACGGUAUCUGCCUGCGGGUGUGGUCCCGCGCCGAUGACAGGCGAGCCGAGACGAUCCGCGAUCUCAGGAAACGCACCGAGCCCGACUUCUACGACAACCCGGACGAGCAAUACUGGAUCCCCUACUGCCUUUCGUUCCUCUCCCGCUACCCGCUGUACAACUUGCUCGGCGACUAUCUGCGUGGUAUGUGGAUUCACUGGAACAAGGCUACUAACCUUUUUCACGCCGAGGAGGUUUCCCGAAUUCUGAGUUUUCCCGCCCCUCGUCUCAACGAUUUGGUUCGCAUCGACAUGAAGGACUAUGCGCUCUGCUACCAGUUUCCUUCUUCGCCCACUGGGUUCCAAAACUUUGCCAUGUGGCCCUUGUUCUGCUGUCUCUCGGUUCCCAACAUUGUUGGUGUGAUCGAGGCUGCCAUUUCGCCCACCCGCCGCAUCAUUUUUGUCAGUCAUUACCCAGCCAUGCUCACCAUGGCCGCCGAGACUGUCAGAUUCUGUGUGCGCGUAUAUGAGUGGAGUGGUCUCUAUGUCCCUGUUGUGCAUGCUCGCCAUGCCAAGGACCUUGUCGAGGAGCCUGGCCCGUACAUCCUCGGUAUCACUGCUGAGUGCAGAACGCUCUUCACUGCGCCGACAGAUGCUCUGGUGGUGGAUCUUGACCGCAACUUUGUGCUCACUUCCAACCCCCCCUCUGCGCUCCAGCCUAACCAGCGCACCAAGUUCAUCACCCGCCUUACCCAGGCUCUGAAUGGUGAUGUAACACCAUCGGGUGUUCCCCAGCACUUGCGUUCUGCGUACGGCGGCGGCAAGCUUGUCCCCGCGGGUCAGAUUAUUGUCAUGCGUGGACAGGUUGAGUCUAUUCAGGACCCUGAAUGGUGGAAUCAAGAUGCCGUCAUGUCGGUGAUGGACCAUGUGUGCGAGAAGAUGGGCCGCAACACCGGCCUGAAGGCUGUUUUUGGAGGGUCGGUCAAGAAGCCACUGAUGACCAAGGUUUCCAUGCGGCACUUGAACGAGAUUGUCCGUGAACGUAACCAGUACUCACGCGACGCGUUGGAGGCCUGGCAGGAUUUUAUCAACCUUAAGGGGCGGAUGGACACCGAACUCGGCAAGGUCAACAAGCGGAACAACUACCUUAUGGAGGAGUGCGACAAUUGGAAGCAGCAGUUCCAACGUUUCCAGGCCUUCGCUGACACCCUCACCAAGGAGACCCAAGAUCUCAAGGUCAAGAUUGAGACGCACAAGCGUGAGAACCGUCGCCUGGGCAGUCUUAUUGAUCAGCAAAAGGACGACGCCGCUCGUCUUGCCAAUCGUCUGGCUGGCACCGAAAAGCAGCGUGACGAUGCUCUUGAGGCUCUUGUCCUCCAGCAGGAGAUUGCCGAGGAGCUUGAGCGCGAGCGUAAGAGGAAUCGCAAGGAGCUGUCAACGCUCCAGACCACCAACACAGCCAUCUCAAGACAGCGUGACGAAGCCCGCCGUGUUGUGCUUCACCUGCGUAGCUUGAUUUCUGGCCAACAUCACCACAUGGAGCACCUCGUCAAGACUCUGACGUCUCCCGAGGAGCUCGCUGCUGAGAUUGAGGCUGGGUUUGCUGCGCAAGACGCCGUUGAUGCGGUUGAAGCCCAAGCUACUGGCGAGUCUAGCAAUGACGAGCGGUUCCUCAAGAACCUGAAUGCUGCUAGCAGACGAAUCUCUACGCAAGCAUUCAUCGACGUGGCGGAUCGGCACCUCAAGGACAAGACCGAUGCCAUCGCCCAUAUCAUCCGGAACAUUUCGGAACAGUGUCAGGCCGCUGUUGAAGGCCUCCAACUUGCACAUGACGCGGAGCACGGGAGGUCGGAUUCUUCGGCCUCCCGUUCUUCGCGGUUGUCGAAAAGUCGCCGAGGGAGUAAUAUCUCCAUCGCCCGGUCCGACGACGAUCGCAGCUCGGCGGCAACGUCCGAUGUCAGUGAUGACCAUACCCUCCUCCGACCGAACAGCGGGCGGCUCUCUAGCAUCCCACCCACACCGGAUCUCGUUCCCAACCGCAGCAGCACUAGCAUGUCUUUCGCUAGCACGGCCACGACCCCUGAGCGAGGCUCUCAGCACUACCUCCACGGACACCAUGACAUCCCCACCAAGAUCGUCGAGGACGACGAGGACGAUAUCGACGGAUCUCAGUCUGAUGUCCACUCCGUCCCCCAGGAAGCGGGAGUCGUGGGCAAGCACUCGGAGAGCCUGAUCCACAGGCCUUCUGGUGCCCGCAUCAGCGCCCUUGGUGGCCUCGGUCGCUAAAGGGUAGCCGGUGAUGGUGGAUGUAAACAGCAUGAUUUUUUCAACGGCGGUCAUUUGGUUCAUUUGUACAUUGUCUCUAUACCACUUUUGCGACGAGUAGGAAGGGUUCUAUUAUUUCUCUGGACGACGACGAUUCAUUUGCUUGCGGAGAAGGGGCAAAGCCUACUUGCAGCCUGGCGUUUUUAUUUCUACCAUUUUUUGUAUUUUCCUUUAUACCAACCAAGCUCCUCUUUUCUCGCGAUCUUUCCUAGCAACACACAGCCUAGCUUUAUUCCCCAUGUCAGCUGUCUUUUUUUUUUUUCCUCACAUAUGUUUACGACACUCACACUCACACUCACACACAAACUUGUUAUUUUUUUUUCUUCGAAUGAAUGAGGGGAGGAUUGUGGAGGGAAAAAAAGAAGGUGGGGUGGGAGAAAGGCGGAGGUGGUGAGGAGUGGGAGUGGAAAUGAGGGAGAAAGAAAGGGGGGAAAGGGUUUAAUUUUCUAUCUUGAUAUCCAUUCUGUAUGUUUUUUUAGCAGCAGCUCAUGAAUGACCCUUUUUUUUGGUAGUCUUGUUGUUGUAGUAGUAGUUAGUAGGUGAGGAAUGUUAAGCGGGUGGUUUUUUUGGUAGAUUCAGUGAACUUGUGCUUUAUAAUG